ACGGCGGGGACUCCGCUCUCUUCAGAGUUCAGUAGUAGCAGCGCAGCACGGCGCAGGUCGCCCAACUCCGCAAGAACCGCAGAGCAGGCGGGAAGUAAGCAAGCGGACAGGAUCGGGCAUCGAGAGCGAGAGGAGGCCGGAGGAGCAACGCCGCGUUCUCACUCGCUCCCCCUCUCCUUCUCACCCUGAACCGUCUUCUCCGCCGCCACUUUCUUGGUUUCUUGGAAGGGAGAUCUUUUGGGCUCGAGGAACCGAAGUUUCGGAAGAAAGUGUGCUGUUGGGGAUAUGACGAGUCGCUGCUGAUUGUCUCGGAGGGAUGGCCAGGUUUGGAGGUGUCCUCUGUGCAGUUAUCCUGGUUGUGCUGCUCCCCUGCUUGGAUGUUACAUUGGGGCAAAGUACUGACCCUUCAGAGGUCAAUGCGCUCAAGGCUAUCAAGGGAAGCUUAAUUGAUCCUAUGAAUAACCUUAAAAAUUGGAAUAGGGGAGAUCCUUGCAGAUCAAAUUGGACAGGAGUCUUCUGCCACAAAGUGAAUGAUGAUGCAUAUCUUCAUGUAACCGAAUUACAGUUGUUUAAGAGGAAUCUCACAGGUUCUUUGGCACCAGAGGUCAGUCUUUUAUCUCAGCUGAAAACAUUGGAUUUUAUGUGGAACAACUUGACUGGUAGCAUACCAAAGGAGAUAGGCAACAUUACUAAACUGAAACUUAUACUAUUGAAUGGCAAUCAGCUCUCUGGUACUUUACCAGAUGAGAUCGGCAACCUUCAAAACUUAAACAGAUUACAGGUUGACCAAAACCAAAUAUGUGGCCCAAUACCUAAAUCAUUUGUCAACUUAAGAAGUGUAAAACAUAUUCACAUGAACAAUAAUUCAUUAAGUGGGCACCUCCCAUCCGAACUGUCCAGAUUGCCUGCACUUCUUCACCUUCUUGUUGACAAUAACAAUCUGUCUGGACCUCUUCCUCCAGAAUUAGCCGAGGCACCUGCUUUGAAAAUAUUUCAGGCUGACAACAAUAACUUCAGCGGAAGUUCCAUCCCUAUGACAUAUGACAACAUAUCCACACUACUAAAACUGAGUCUUAGGAACUGCAGCUUGCAAGGAACUGUUCCUGAUCUGAGUGGCAUACUUCAGCUUGGCUAUUUGGACCUCAGCUGGAACCAACUGACAGGAUCGAUACCAACUAAUAAGCUUGCUUCAAAUAUCACUACAAUUGAUUUGUCGCACAACAUGCUUAAUGGAACUAUCCCUUUGAACUUCUCAAGGCUUCCUAAUCUUCAGAUAUUGUCACUUGAAGACAAUCAUCUCAAUGGCUCUGUUCCCUCGACAAUCUGGAAUGAUAUCAUUCUUACUGGAAAUAGAAGCCUUGUUCUGGACUUCCAAAAUAACUCUCUCAAGACAAUUCCAGCUGCAUUUGAUCCUCCCCAAAAUGUUACAGUCAUGCUAUAUGGAAAUCCUCUGUGUGGGAAUACUAAUGCAGCUCUGAUAACCAACCUUUGCCAACCCCUGUCAGUAAACCAGCAAACAUCGAAACAUGAACAAGGCUCCAACUUAAAUUGUGCACCUUGCCCAACAGAUAAAAAUUACGAGUACAAUCCAUCAUCUCCUAUACCUUGCUUUUGUGCCGUUCCGCUUGGAGUUGGACUUCGGCUGAAGAGUCCAGGAAUCACAGACUUCCGUCCCUAUGAAGACGCCUUUGAGAUCAACUUAACCUAUUUGUUGCAACUGUUUCCUUACCAGCUAAAUAUUGAGUACUACAUAUGGGAGGUUGGUCCAAGGCUCAAUAUGCAUAUGAAGUUAUUUCCAAGUAAUACAAGUUUAUUCAAUAUGUCAGAGGUUAUGCGACUCAGACACGUACUUGCUGGUUGGGAAAUUACCCUUUCAGAUGUGUUCGGUCCAUAUGAGCUUCUCAACUUCACACUAGGUUCCUAUGCAGAUGAACUUCCAAAUACAGCUUCAGUAGGUUUAAGCAAGGUGGCACUGGGCAGUAUCUUGGCAGGCACAAUGGCUGGCGCUAUUGCACUUUCUGUGGUAGUUACCACCCUUAUAUUGCGACGGCGUUCAAGAUAUAAAACAGUCUCAAAGCGAUCAUUGUCGAGGUUUUCUGUCAAAAUUGAUGGUGUAAGAUGCUUCACAUUUGAAGAAAUGGCUACAGCCACAAAUAAUUUUGACCUAUCAGCCCAAGUUGGCCAAGGAGGUUAUGGGAAAGUCUACAAAGGUCUUAUAGCCGAUGGAGCAAUUGUAGCGAUCAAACGGGCACAUGAGGAUUCUCUUCAAGGUUCAAGGGAGUUCUGCACAGAAAUAGAGUUAUUAUCAAGAUUGCACCAUCGCAAUUUGGUUUCAUUGGUUGGCUAUUGUGAUGAAGACGACGAACAGAUGCUGGUUUAUGAAUUCAUGCCAAAUGGUACUUUACGUAAUCAUCUUUCUGCCAAGUCCAAAAGAUCUCUCAGUUUUGGUUUGAGAUUGCAAAUUGCAUUGGGUGCCGCAAAGGGAAUUUUGUAUCUACAUACUGAAGCAGAUCCCCCUAUAUUUCACCGCGAUGUGAAGGCCAGCAAUAUUUUGUUGGACUCCAAAUUCGUUGCGAAGGUAGCUGAUUUUGGUCUCUCAAGGCUUGCUCCAGUGCCAGAUGUUGAAGGGACAUUACCUGCUCAUGUGUCCACUGUUGUUAAGGGCACUCCGGGCUAUCUUGAUCCAGAGUACUUCCUAACUCAUAAAUUGACGGACAAGAGUGAUGUCUAUAGCCUUGGGGUUGUGUUUCUUGAAAUGUUGACUGGGAUGAAACCAAUUGAGCAUGGUAAAAACAUAGUGAGAGAGGUAAACUCAGCUUGCCAAUCAGGCAAUAUUUCUGAAAUCAUCGACAGUCGGAUGGGCUGGUGCCCUCCAGAAUGCAUCGGGAGGUUCCUCUCCCUAGCAACCAAGUGCUGUCAGGAUGAGACUGAUGCUAGGCCUUCCAUGUGGGAGAUCGUCAGAGAACUUGAGGUCAUCUUGAGGAUGACUCCUGAAGAGGACCUUGUUCUGCUGGAAACUUCCGAGACAGACUCAACUGAAGGGAGUAAAUCAUUGUCAGCUUCAGCAUCCGGGACUCUCUUCGUCUCUUCGCAAACCUCUGGUAGUCUUGAUGCAAGCAGUGGCAUGCUUUCUGGAAAGCUGAUUCCUCGGUGAAGUGAUCUUGGUAUUUUCAUUGUGUAAUUCUUGUGAAUAUGCAAUGUUCUGUAACAUUGUAGACUUACCACUCUAGGUCCCCUGGUUUGUAAAUUAUUCAGCCGGAUGUAGAGUAGAAAAUGAUGUGCGACACAGGAACAUUGCUGACAUUUCCAUUCAGCUUUUCUUUAAACA